GUCAAAGGUCGACCCGCCCACUGUAACUAAGGUGUCAACGUUCGAAAUCUCCUUUCGUACACCAAGUUCAGCCAAAAAAAACCUUCACUAAUACCCAUCCACGUGUUAAUGCUUCGCUGUUAAUAAUUGAAGACAACCACCCUCGACACCCUCCGCUUCCAUUUUACCCAAAUUUUUUCAAUUUCUGCAUCUCACCGCCAACAGUUUUUGCAGUUGGCUUCGCCGGAGAAACCAAGGAAGAAGAACCUUUCAAUGUGACUGCGGCUCAUUACUCAUUUCCCUUUCGAUACGCAGUCGUUUCUGCGGUUGCUCCGUUGCUAGCCAACUUCCUUCUCUCUCACAUUUAUCCAUCGACCAAUACAUUUAUUCUUGUGCAUGAUAUUAUGCCUUUGUAGUGUGAUGGCGGAAGAGAGUAUGGUUGCCGGAAUGUAUAUUCACGGCGACCUUGAUUUGAAGAUCAUUGAAGCUCGACGUUUACCUAAUAUGGAUUUGUUAACAGAACGUAUUCGACGUUGUUUAUUAGCCUUCGACAACUGCCGGAAGCCUUGCCUUGAAGAAACCAAGCACGAGCCUCCACAUAGAAUCAUCACCAGUGACCCUUAUGUUACGGUUUGUCUCGCGGGAGCCACGGUGGCUCGCACGCGCGUCAUUUCUAACACGCAAAAUCCUUUCUGGAACGAGCAUUUCAAGAUUCCGGUCGCUCAUCCGGCCGAUCACGUGGAGUUUCACGUCAAAGAUAACGACGUGUUUGGUGCCGAUUUGAUUGGAAUAGCUAGUGUUCCGGUUGAAAAGUUGAUUUCGGGCGAAACGAUCAGCGAAUGGUUAUCGAUAAUCGGUCCUUACGGAAAACCGCCAAAACCGGAUUCCGCAAUUCGUAUUGAAAUGAAUUUCAUGCAAUGCCAGGAGAAUCCAUUAUAUCAAUACGGCAUUGCCGCGAGUCCGAAUAAUUUCGGCAUUGAAAAUUGUUAUUUUCCUGUGAGACGGGGCAGUUCCGUUACCCUUUAUCAGGACGCACACGUGCCGGACUCUUUUUCGCCUGAGAUUAAAUUGGAGAACGGUGACGUUUUUAAGCACGAUACUUGCUGGGAGGAUAUUUGUCACGCAAUACUAGAGGCGCACCAUCUGGUGUAUAUAGUGGGUUGGUCGAUUUAUCAUAAGGUGAAAUUAGUGAGAGAGCCCACAAGGCCAUUGCCUAGCGGUGGGAAUUUGAAUUUGGGGGACUUGCUUAAGUACAAAUCGCAAGAAGGGGUUAGAGUUCUGAUGCUGGUUUGGGACGAUAAGACUUCUCAUAGCAAGUUCUUUAUCAAUACGUCUGGAGUGAUGCAAACGCAUGAUGAGGAAACGCGCAAGUUUUUCAAGCAUUCUUCUGUUAAUUGCGUGUUAUCCCCGCGUUAUGCCAGCAGUAAGCUUAGCAUUUUCAAGCAACAGGUUGUUGGGACCCUCUUUACGCAUCACCAGAAAUGUGUGAUUGUUGAUUCGCAAGCAUCUGGAAAUAACCGGAAGAUAACUGCCUUUAUAGGAGGUCUAGAUCUCUGUGAUGGCCGCUAUGAUACACCAGAACAUCGGUUGUUUCGGGAUCUUGACACUGUGUUUCAGGACGAUUUUCAUAAUCCAACUUUUUCUGCAGGAAGCAAGGGUCCACGACAACCGUGGCAUGAUUGGCAUUGCAAAAUUGAAGGACCUGCUGCGUAUGAUAUUCUUACAAACUUUGAGCAGCGGUGGAAAAAAGCCUCAAAAUGGUCAGAGUUUGGACGGCGUUUUAAAAGGGUAACUCAUUGGCAUGAUGAUUCUUUGAUAAGAUUGGAACGGAUCUCAUGGAUACUUAGUCCUGCGCCUUCAAUUCCAAAUGACGAUCUUAAAUUAUGGGUGACCACCUCAGAUGACCCUGAAAACUGGCAUGUUCAGGUUUUCCGGUCCAUAGAUUCAGGAUCUUUGAAAGGGUUUCCUAAAGAUGUUUUUAAUGCUGAGGCUCAGAAUCUUGUUUGUGCUAAGAAUCUGGUGAUUGAUAAAAGCAUUCAAACAGCAUACAUUCAGGCUAUCAGAUCUGCCCAACACUUUAUAUAUAUUGAGAAUCAAUAUUUCAUUGGAUCAUCAUAUGCUUGGCCAUCUUACAAAGAAGCAGGGGCUGAUAAUCUAAUUCCUAUGGAGUUGGCAUUGAAGAUUGCUAGUAAAAUCAGAGCAAAGGAGAGAUUUGCUGUUUAUGUUGUCAUACCAAUGUGGCCUGAGGGUGUUCCCACAUCUGUCUCUGUGCAAGAAAUUCUCUUUUGGCAGGGACAGACAAUGCAAAUGAUGUAUGAACUCAUAGCAAAUGAAUUGAAAUCAAUGAAUCUUCAGGAUUCGCAUCCACGAGAGUACCUAAAUUUUUAUUGUCUUGGCAACAGGGAAGAACUUCCGAAAGAUUUGACAGAUUUAAGUGAUAAAUCUCCCAGUUCUGGAGAAGCGGCAGCCUCUCAAAAAUAUCAACGAUUUAUGAUUUAUGUACAUGCCAAGGGAAUGAUUGUCGAUGAUGAAUAUGUAAUAUUGGGGUCUGCAAAUAUAAAUCAACGGUCUUUGGCUGGUUCAAGAGAUACUGAGAUAGCAAUGGGUGCAUACCAACCCAAUUACACUUGGGGCAAAAAGUACAAACACCCACGAGGCCAGGUAUAUGGAUACAGAAUGUCACUUUGGGCAGAACAUUUGGGAUUAGUUGAUAGCUUAUUUGAAGAGCCUGAAACUUUAGAUUGUGUAAAGACUGUGAACAAGAUUGCAGAAGAUAACUGGAGGAGGUUCACAGACGAGGAAUUUUCAUUAUUGCAGGGACACCUUCUUCAAUACCCUUUGGAGGUAGAUAUAAAUGGAAAAGUAAGCGCUUUGCCUGGACAUGAGAAUUUCCCGGAUGUCGGUGGGAAGGUCCUUGGAGCACGCACAACCCUUCCUGACGCGUUAACUACAUAACAAAUUCAGGUUUUCCUCUUUUGACUGUUACAAGAGGCCUAUUUUUUAUGCUGGUACGAAGCUCGUCGAGUCUUAAAUUCAACUUACUCGGUGUGGUACUGAAUAUGCCGAUUUGGAAUAUAGAAUAUACUGCAAUUGUUCUCUCUCAAAUUUGAUUUGAUUUGAAGAAUGGUGGGCAUAUAGAGUUCAGAAUUAAGGGGUUCGACGUCUAAAUUUGGCCAACAGAAGGAGCUUCAUUUAUAAAUUUCUUUUUUUCCUCUUUAAUUUAGCUAGAUUUUUUGCACUACAUUAUUAUAACUAAUAGAAAAACAGUUGUAAAGAAAAAGGCUCUCCAACGAUACUCAGAAUAGAUAAGACUUAACAAAUCUACAAUGUCAAUUUUUUAAAAAUGAAAAUGACAAGGAAUUAUGCAAAUAGGGUUCACCUCAUACAUUACCUCAUAGUCUCCACCUUUAAAUUAAGAUUUUCAUGAACUCUGCUACCGCACCCAAAAAA